CGGGCAUUAAGGGUAACGUAAUCUUAAUUGUCCCACACUGGAUCGGGGAUUAGGGGGGGGUAAGCGAAAGAAGGGGGUGAAGGCGAUGCCUACGGCGCGGAAGUGCUCGUCGUCUUCGCUAUCCGAGACGUCGCCUAUCCUCCCGAGCUCCGCCUCCAUCGAGAUGCCCUCUGAUACCGGCGAGUCCUCCUCCGCUGCCCGUCGCACCGUCUUCCUCGGCGUCGACGUCGGCACCGGCAGCGCCCGGGCAGGUCUUUUCGAUGAGCAAGGUAGGCUGAUUGGCUCAGCUAGCAGCCCGAUACAAAUCUGGAAGGAAAAGGAUUGCAUUGAGCAAUCCUCAACAGAUAUCUGGCAUGCGGUGUGUACGGCAGUGAAAGCGGCAUGCUCUCUGGCCAGUGUUGUCCCUGAAGAAGUAGUUGGUCUAGGAUUUGCAGCAACUUGCUCUCUUGUUGCUGUUGAUUCAGAUGGAUCUCCAGUUUCAGUUUCAUGGACUGGUGAUGCGCGAAGAAAUAUCAUAGUGUGGAUGGAUCACAGGGCUGUAAAUCAGGCCGAGCGAAUUAAUGGCAACAACUCACCUGUAUUGCAGUAUUGUGGUGGGUCUUUGUCACCUGAGAUGCAGGCGCCAAAGCUGUUGUGGGUAAAAGAGAAUUUGAAAGAAUCUUGGUCCUUGAUAUUUAGAUGGAUGGAUUUAAGUGAUUGGUUAUCAUUCAGAGCAACAGGAGAUGACACUCGCAGUUUAUGUACGACUGUCUGCAAGUGGACUUACCUUGGCCAUGCACACAUGGAAGUAGCUAGGGAGAAAGAUUCACAUAGUAUGGAAGCAUGUGGAUGGGAUGAUGUUUUCUGGGAGGAAAUUGGCUUGGGGGAUCUUGUUGAAGGGAAUCAUGCAAAAAUCGGUCGAAGUGUUGCUUUUCCUGGUCAUCCUUUGGGUUCUGGUCUGACACCUGCUGCUGCAAAGGAACUAGGCCUAUUGGUUGGUACUCCUGUUGGAACAGCACUUAUUGAUGCUCAUGCUGGUGGUGUUGGAACCAUGGAGAGUUUGCCUGAAACAGAGUCUAAAGAUGAUGGUCUGAUUGCUAAUGAGGAAGCAAUAUGCCACCGAAUGGUCUUAGUUUGUGGAACUUCAACUUGCCACAUGGCUGUUUCCAGAAACAAGUUGUUUAUUCCGGGUGUAUGGGGACCCUUUUGGUCUGCAAUGGUGCCUGAGUACUGGCUCACAGAAGGAGGUCAAAGUGCAACAGGUGCCCUUCUAGAUCACAUAAUUGAGAACCAUGUUGCUGCUCCUCUUCUUGCCAACCGUGCUGCUGCCCAAAGUAUUUCCAUAUAUGAAUUGUUGAACAAGAUUUUGGAGUCCAUGAUGCAAGAAAGAAAGGUUCUGUUUGUGUCUGCCCUGACAGAAGACAUGCAUGUUCUUCCUGAUUUCCAUGGUAACAGGUCACCAGUUGCUGACCCAAAAUCCAAAGGAAUGGUUUGUGGCUUAACCCUUGAGACAAGUGAAAAGCAAUUGGCACUUCUAUACCUUGCGACAAUCCAGGGCAUAGCGUAUGGCACCCGUCACAUUGUGGAGCACUGCAAUUUUCAUGGGCACAAGAUUGAUACACUUCUUGCCUGUGGUGGACUUUCCAAAAACCCACUUUAUGUUCAAGAACACGCAGACAUUGUAGGAUGUCGUAUCAUUCUUCCAAGAGAAAGCGAGACAGUGCUUUUAGGUGCUGCUAUCCUAGGUGCUGUUGCUGCCCAGAAGUACUCUGGUGUCCAUGAUGCAAUGAGAGCACUAAAUGCAGCUGGACAGGUUGUGCAUCCAUCUAAAGAUGUAAAGGUGAAGAGGUAUCACGACGCAAAGUAUCAAAUCUUUAAGUCCCUCUACGAGCAGCAGCUUUCUCAUCGAUCCAUCAUGAUGCAAGCGUUGCAGUAGAUACCGUAUUUUCUGCUCGUAAUAUGUUUAUAUAUGAUUGAUAAUCCAAAGGUGGUUUUCUUAGUUAUUGUCUUUCCCUCUGUGAAGCUUAUUAUGUGGUAUUAAUAAUACUUUGUUUGUUGGUUCA